AUGGGUAAAAAGAGGACGGCGGAGGACAGAAGAAAACAAGCUGAGGAAAGCGGCUUCAACUUCGACGACGAGGACGUUGACGAUAAACCUGUCCCACGAUUUGUUCUGGGAUAUACCGAAAGAGUGUGCAAUGUACAGGUAGAGCUCUGGCAGGAUAUAUUAAAGGGCCACUAA